AUGGACAAUAGAAGGGUAUUCCGGUCUUACAAAGAUAAGGUGAAGGAUUCUGCUACACCAUAUUCCAGGCCUAAUAAUGGUUUAUUCUCCAAAAUGAAACUGUUUCUUACUGGCGCAUCGCUUUGGUCCAACCAUGAAACCACAAGUUACAAUGAACAGACCGCUGAUAAUACAAUGCGCAUGGUUACCGAGAAAGGUGAAAAGGGUGAAUCAAAUGUCAAACCUUUUAGUUUCCCAGAACCAGAUACAACUAUAUUUAAAACACCAUUAAAAUCCACAUCCAACCAGUUGAAAGCACCCAAUCAAGUUUUAUCAAGCUUUUUCCAGGAGAAAGGUGACAGGCCACUUACGGAUGUAGAAUAUGAAGGCGUUGUUAGUUUGUUGUCUAAGUCUAAAUCGGCUUCCAACACGCCAAAUAAUAGUGUUGUGUAUCGUGGAGAUAAUGCAUCAAGGCAAUCUGAGUCCAUUGCCGAUUCAACAGACCUAGGUAAUAAGGACGCCGACACAUCUGCAUUUAAGUCAUCUGCUUCAAAUUUAUUUGCCACGCCAUACAGCCAAAGAACUUUGAAGAAUACUAGCUCUAAUGACCACGUACUCUCAACUCCAGAAUACAAACCAGUAUACCAUACUAUCAAUGAAAAUUUCAACUCCAAAAACGUUCCAUCUGUGAAAAGAGUUUAUCAAUUUUCAGGAUUACCAUCUCCUUAUAGAACUAGAAUAAGGGCUCCAAGCUUGUCAGCUAAACCAAAAAUCCCAGCAAAGAAAUCGCCAACCAUUUCAACGUCCCCAUCAGCUCAGAAAGUCGCUUCGAAGCCUAUGAGUAAUGCGGCAAACGCAUUAUUAAAUAUUUUGGACGGAAACACACAUUCGGAAGAUGUUGAAAUGAAAGAUGUGUCUACCAAUAAGAGCGAUAUUAUUGAACAAUUUUCUAAUCCGUACCACAGACCUCACUCAUCCAAAAAACCUAGAAGUCAAGAUGACAAUAAGUCGAAAUUUUCCAUCAAUGCUAGUACACCAAUAAAACAGAAGAAGAGUACGUUGCUUACUGCUGACGAUAUCAAUAAAACUAUUUCUUUCGACAAGUCUGAAGAAUUACCUAAAGAUAAGAUUGCCCCAAAGAGCAACGAUUCCUCGAACGCCAAAACCUCAUUUGGUACUUCUACACAAAAUGAUAGUAAAUUUUCAGAUUCUACGUCUAGUAGUAAUCAGUUCAAAUUCAAUUUACCAAAAGAAGUACCAAAAUCCUCAGACAAGAGCCCCCAUAUCCCUCCUGAGGGCGGGAAAGAAAAUACCAAAGAUGCCCCCAAGUUCAACCACAGUCAAUUUCAAAAAAAUACGAAUGGCUUUUCAUUUGGUGAAACUACAAAACCAAAUAUAGACUCUAAUCCAGUGUACAAUAUUGCUAACAAAAACCUGGAGUUCAUAUUUCCGGAAAUAAUCCAGACAGAAGUCCACUUAGACUACAACAAAGUUAACAAGUAUAAGUCUUUGUUCGAGUUUUAA